AUGUCACGAUUGAUUCAACACGAGCGUGAUAAUAAUAAUCAAUUAGCGUCAGUUCUUGCGACUCCUGAAAAGAAAACAUUUAAAAACAAUGCUGCUAUCCAGAUACGAAUUCCUGAGUUUCAAUCAUCUCCUAGUAGACGUUUACGAAGUGAAACUAACAUAGACACUGAUUCUUCUCAAUCGAUCAUGUCUGAUACAAUGUUGUACGAUCAGAAUGACAAAGAAGAACAACGUCAAAUUCGUCUUGAAAAGAAAAGAGAACGAGUUCGACCAAGUCGACUGAACGCAACCGAAGAAGAGCGCCAAAAUCGACUGAGGGGAGAGAGGCACCGCAGUCAAACUAGUCGAAAGAAUGCAACAGAAGAACACCGUCUUAAUCGACUCGAGCAGCAAAGAAAACGAAGUCAGGCAAACAGAGAAAAAAAGAAAAAUGAAAAACCCAUGUCCGAGAAUAUUAGUGUUCAGCAACAAACUACUCAGAUGCAAUCUGCUGGGACGGAAGAAGUCACAUUACAAGGUGGUAUUAAUACAUUUCAUUCUAUAUCAAAUGCAAGUAUCUUACCGAAAAUUAGAAAUGCGACUUCUUCUUGGCCUGAACCAAUUUCUCGUGACUUGAAAGAAGGAUGUCUCAAAAAAUUUCUUCAUCGAAUGUCCAUGUCAGCACUAGCCGAAACUACGUGUGCAGUUUGCAACAUUCGAAGUCCGAUGCAAAAGUCAAAAUCAGUACCUGUCUCAAAAACUACUAGCAUUGAAUUACUCAAAGUUUCAGACGAAACUAAAGCUCUGAUCAUGGGCUCUCAGUUAUCGAAUUUACAGUAUAUAAAUGAAGGCACCGUAACUACUGUUAAUACUGGUGGUAUACAAACGACUGAUCAUGCUCAAAGUAAUAUACAUUUAUUCUUGAUUGAAUAUUUCUUCAAUAACCUUUUAUUAUUUCAGCUUCCAAGUCACCAUCUUUUUAUUGUGAAAACAAUAUUAUUUUAUAUACUAGUGGCUUAUUUCAACAGAACAAGAAGAAUAUGUGCACACUCUGUCAAAAAUGCCAUGAUGCUUUAUCGAA